AUGAUCGACAGGCCAUCGACGGAAUCGUUCGUAGCGCCAUUAAUGGUAGUGGAGCGCCAUCGGCGAGAUCUACGCACCCGAACACGUCCCAAGAAGCACAUCAACAGCUGUCACUACCAAGGACACAUCCGAGGUCAUGAGCAGUCCCGUGUGGCACUGUCCGCCUGCAACGGACUGACCGGUUUCCUACGGACCAACAAAACGGAAUACUGGAUAGAGCCAUCGAAGAAUCAUUCCCCUUCGGACAAAGACGGCCAUCCCCAUGUGCUAUUUAAGCGAGCAGACGUCAAAGAACCCAAGGACACUCGAGCAAAGACAGCCAAGAAAAAGAAGAAGAAACGAAAGCGUCGUCACGCGAGCAACUGCGGCACCAAGGAACCCCGAAGGGUAACCGAAACCCGACUGGAGUGGCAACACCAGGGAAAGGUGAUCGUACAGGGUGGACGAAAAAGUCGCGAUCUUCCCGUGGUAGCAUCGGCCGGCUCCGGAACCUCCGGUGGCAGGAAGCAGCGCAUCAAGCGGUCCAUCAGCUCUCCGCGGCACGUGGAAGCACUGGUCGUGGCGGAUCACUCGAUGGCCCUGUUCCACCAGGACGUGGACCUGCAGCAGUACCUGUUGACGAUCAUGAACAUGGUCUCCUCGCUGUACCGCGAUCCGACCAUAGGCAAUUCGAUUCAGGUUACGGUCGUGCGAAUCAUCAUCCUGGAGGAGGAAGAAUCGCACGCGGACUUCAACGUGACGCACAUAGCGAUUAACACGUUGGAAAACUUCUGCAGGUGGCAGCGAAGCUUGAACCCGAAAGACGAGAACGAUCCGCAUCAUCAUGACGUAGCGAUUUUGGCCACUCGGAAGAAUAUCUGCUCGGCGCAUGGAUGUUCCACUCUGGGCGUCGCCAACGUGGGCGGCAUGUGUCGUCCGGACAAGUCAUGCAGCGUCAACGAGGACAACGGGAUCACCCUGGCGCAUACGAUUUCCCACGAGCUCGGCCACAACUUUGGAAUGUACCACGACACGGCGAAGACGGGCUGCGAUCACCGGAUAGGGCCUAUCUUGCACAUAAUGACGCCCAGUUUCGAGGCGGACACCAUGCAGGUGUCGUGGUCCAACUGCAGUCGACGGGAUAUAACGCAUUUCUUGGACCUCGGUCUCGGCAAAUGCCUCGAAGAUCCGCCCAGUCAACAGGACACCUACAGCUAUCCGGAUCUUCCGCCGGGGGCGAUGUACAACGCCGACUUCCAGUGUCGGCUGCAGUUCAACUCAACCGACGAAGAGAUGACCGUGUGCUCCAAGCUGGACGAAAUCUGCACUCAACUGUGGUGCCUGGUGGACGAAGUUUGCAUGACCAUGAUGCGACCGGCUGCCCCGGGCACAAACUGCGGUAAACGAAAGUGGUGCCAAAACCAGCAAUGCGUGGACGUGGAAGACCCCCCGCCCCCGGUCGAUGGAGGCUGGGGUGAGUGGAACAGUUGGAGUGAAUGCUCCCGCGAGUGCGGAGGGGGAGUUGCUCGGCAGACGCGGGAAUGCGAUCACCCUUCGCCAGCGAAUGGGGGACUGUUUUGUAUCGGAGAGCGCGCUCGGUACAAAACAUGCAAUACCGAUCCUUGCCCGAAGGAGAUACCUUCGUUCAGGGCUCAGCAGUGUUCCGAGCACGACAACGACACCGUCAAAGGCGAACAGUAUACCUGGUUGCCGUACUUCGACAGAAACGAACCCUGCGAACUGUACUGCACCAACUCGGAGGACACCAUCAUCGUCCCGUUCGGCGACACGGCAGCCGACGGGACGCCGUGCAAUCUGGGAACGAACGACAUGUGCAUCGGCGGUAUCUGCCGUCGGGUGGGCUGCGAUUGGGUUGUCGACUCCAACACCACCGAGGACCAGUGCGGAGUGUGCGGCGGAAUCGGAGACAGCUGCACCGUCAUCCGGGGAAACUUCACCAAGAAGGUCAACAUGAGCGAGGGCUACUACGAUGUGCUGCAAAUACCGGCCGGCUCGAGGAACAUUCUGGUGGAAGAGAUGAACCCGUCGAAGAACUUCAUCGGGGUGGGCCGCACCGGAGGCAAAGAGUACUAUCUAAAUGGGAAUCGGUUCAUUCAACUACCGGGCGAGUAUGAAAUGGCCGGCAGCCUCGGGCUGUACGAAAGGGAAGACGAACAGGAACGGGUCAAGAUUCCAGGACCGAUCACCGAUGAUAUUACCAUAUCGGUAAUUAUGAAAAAGAAGAACAACCACGCCGGCAUCCGUUACGAAUACACGCUGUCCUCGAAUGCCACCCGAAGCCAUUCGCCCUACUACUGGAAGCUGACCGAUUGGAGUCUGUGUUCGGUGACCUGUGGUGGCGGUAAACAGCAUCGCAAUUCAGUGUGCUUCCAGCGUGGCGAGGGUUUUAUGGAUGACAGUUUCUGCGAGCAGAAUGCCCACAACAAACGCCACGAACGGCUGGCACGGGACUGCAACGAGGAUCCCUGUCCGGCGGACUGGUGGGUUGGUCCAUGGCAACUCUGCUCGGUGACGUGCCGCAAACCGGGGGAACCCGGAGCGAUCAGAAAGCGAUCCAUACUGUGCGUAGAUUCCAGUAUGAAUGCCCUGCCGGAUAGUCGGUGUGAGGGCAAGACCCGACCUGCCGAUUCAGAGCCAUGUCCUGGGCGGUUACCUCUGUGCAAGGAACUGAUCGAUAGCCAGAUUCUGGUGGAAGAUAUUCCUCCCGAAUACGAAGAGAAUAAUACUAUUUAAACGAUGAGCAAGUGCAAAAAGAAAGCUGUUUAACAGUCUACAAUAUGUUAUAUUAACAUUUAUCAUACUCUGUAUGUAGGUGAGCAAUAGGUUGUUAGAAGUUGUGUUUUAUUCUACUCAGAACGUACUUACAUGCAAGUGAACAAGGAAAGUAUUAUUUUUACACUCAACGCAACAGUUCAUUCUCGUCCCGGGAGGGAUGCAGUUGCCAGUACAAAGCUAUUUUAAAAAACGGAAGAUUUCGCAGUGAAAGCACAAACAGACAGCACAGCAGUGACUCUUUUCGUUAUGAAUACGACUCUUAAAUUUAUUAUAUUUACCCUGUAUUUAAAAAAACACGAUUACUUUAAGGAUCAGUAGCAAUAGCAAGGAUUGAACGAUACUUAAUAUACUUU